AAAUAUCUUCUUAUCCCUGUGGAUUCGUUGGUAAGUUGGCUGAUUCCCAUCCAACUGUGAUAACACAAUCAGUAAUAUUGCAAAGAAUUAACCUACCGAACUUGUGACAUAAACAGAAGAAGAAAUCAUGGCUGGAGGAGGAUUUUCAGGCGCAGGCAGCCUGAAGAGGGCUCAUCUUUACGAGUAUAAGACUACCCCUUAUUUCAUAGUUGCUUGCAUUGUUGCAGCCUCUGGAGGAUCUUUAUUUGGGUAUGAUCUUGGUGUUUCUGGUGGGGUGACCUCCAUGGAUGAUUUCUUGAAGCGUUUCUUCCCAAAGGUGUACCAAAGAAAGCAAGCACAUUUAAAAGAGACAGAUUAUUGUAAAUACGAUGAUCAGAUUUUGACACUGUUUACAUCGUCGUUAUAUUUUGCCGGUCUUAUCUCAACGUUUGGAGCCUCUUAUGUGACCCGAAACAAAGGCAGGAAAGCCUCCAUUCUGGUUGGAGCAGUGAGCUUCUUUCUAGGAGCAAUUAUGAAUGCCUUUGCAGUCAACAUCUGGAUGCUCAUCAUAGGAAGAAUAUUGCUUGGUGUAGGCAUUGGAUUUGGCAAUCAAGCGGUUCCUUUGUAUCUUUCAGAAAUUUCACCUGCAAAAAUCCGGGGAACAGUUAACCAACUGUUUCAGUUAACUACAUGUUUGGGGAUUCUAGUAGCAUACUUGAUAAAUUAUUUUACUGAUAAACUUCAUCCAUGGGGUUGGAGAUUAUCUCUUGGUUUAGCCACGGUGCCAGCAGGGGUAAUGUUUUUUGGCGGUCUCUGCCUCCCAGAGACCCCCAACAGCCUUGUAGAACAAGGCAAAUUGGAACAAGGAAAGAAGGUGUUGGAGAAAAUCAGAGGAACCCCCAACAUUGAUGCUGAAUUCGCUGACCUUGUCGAUGCCAGCAAUGCAGCGCGAGCUGUAAAGCACCCCUUCAGGAACCUCCUUCAACGAAAGAAUCGUCCCCAGUUGGUAAUCGGGGCCUUGGCAAUUCCAGCUUUCCAACAACUAACAGGCAUGAAUUCAAUACUCUUCUAUGCUCCUGUCAUAUUCCAGAGUUUGGGUUUUGGUUCUUCUGCAGCUCUCUAUUCAUCCAUCAUAACCGGAGUAGCUCUUGUUGUUGGCGCACUUAUUUCAAUGGCGUUUGUGGAUAAAUGUGGCAGAAGAGCUUUCUUCAUAGAAGCUGGAAUUGAAAUGAUCUGCUACAUGAUAAUUGUGGCUGUAGUUUUGGCUCUGGAGUUCGGACAAGGAAAGGUCCUCCCUAAAGCAAUAGGCUCCAUCCUUGUAGUGGUCAUCUGCUUAUUUGUGGUGGCCUAUGGAAGGUCUUGGGGUCCUCUGGGCUGGUUAGUGCCAAGUGAGAUCUUUCCUUUGGAGACAAGAUCAGCUGGGCAAAGUAUGGUGGUCUGUGUAAAUCUCCUCUUCACGGCUUUGAUAGCACAAUGCUUCCUCGCAUCGCUCUGUCAUCUCAGAUAUGGAAUUUUCUUGCUGUUUGCUGCCUUGGUUGUCCUCAUGACCUGCUUCAUCUACUUCCUGUUGCCUGAAACAAAGCAAGUUCCAAUAGAGGAAGUUUAUCUUCUAUGGCAAAAUCAUUGGUACUGGAAGAAGAUAAUAGGAGAAGCUGAAGACCCACGUGAGUUGAAAGAAAGGAAACUUGAAGGGUAGUUAGGGAUGCAUGCAAGACUUUAAUUAGAUUACCCAGGAAUAAUUUUGCCUGUUAUUAUUUUUUACUUUGAAUUAGGAAAACUAGAUUGAAUAGAUGGAUCCGUUAUUUUAAUAAAAGCUUUAAGAGAUGUCAACUUAAUUCUUAAGAAAGCUUCAAAGGACCUGGCUUUGUGGGAUGACUUUAACCUUUCUAGCAUCUAAUCAUCAUGCCAAGCCAUGGGAUUGAGGAUGCAGAAUUGUAAGUACAGCUAGAUUUGAAUUAAACCAAACUUUGAACUCUAUUGUAGCCAAGCCAAAAAUGAAUAAAAUGACGUCGCUUUAAAAUA